AAAGGCUUUUAUUCUUUGAGGAUAUUCAAAGAAAGAUGUGGAAAAGAUGUGUUUGAGAAAUCCCAACUUUGGCGAUUCUGCUACAUAUUUUUAGCGUAUCUAAUUUUACGAGGUUCACGAAAUAAUUUUCGAGGUAGUUUGAAAAUGUAUUUACAAAGCAUGCAAGUGAUGUUUCAAAGUUUAAAUAAUGCUUUCUCAUAAUUUCGUCAUAGUCAUGAACAGAACACGUGUGCUUGCGUCUCAUGGUGAUUUCCCUAUAUAUAACAGGAGGUGCAAAUGUCAAAGUUAGUAAUCUCGAUGAUCGAUCAGGGCAACGUGCUGUUAUUUCUAUUGCCAAGAAUGUAAAGAGAGCUCUAUAACACAUAAAUUAUAGAUACUUAGGUGGGUUCACAGAACUGUUUUUAACGUUUAUAUUACGUCAUAAAUCGUCAAGCUUUAAUGUGUAAAAUUAUCAUCAUGGAUGCCUUUUAGUAUUUAGAGAUUCAUUACUCCGAAGUUUUUAAAUAUUUGUUGUGAGUUUAUUGCUAGAUUACAUUUAUACAUCUGAUGCAAGAUGAGAAGAAAUAGUAUUAUAGCGGAUGCUAAAUUUGCUACUCUUCAAAAUUUAGAAAAUACAAAAUGUAAUUCCUCGAAAAGUGGAGGGCAGAACAGACAUGAGAUUUUGAUCAAAUCAACAUUAACCGGAAAGCAUGGAUUUUCUGUGGCUUCCAUACUGAAAUAUCUGGAGGAAUGCAACGUGACAAUUCAAUUCGUCGAAAUAAAGCGCCCAGAAGAAAACAGCUCGGACAGUGAUGACGAUAUCCGACUAAAUGAAGUAUAUGUGCAGUGUCAAUGUUCAUACACAGAUCUGGAAAACGCUGAAAUUAGUUUGGAAAAGAAUUCUUCUCUUGUUGUGAAACGCUUAUCGCAACUUGGACCCGAACGCGAAACUCUUCAUGAUGUUCCAUGGUUUCCACGAAAGGCUGCUGACCUGGAUUAUUGUCGACAUUUAAGAGAAGUUUGCGAAGAUAAUCAGAUAAACACAGAACACCCUGGAUAUUCAGAUCAGGAAUACCGAGAACGAAGAAGACAAAUUGUAGAUAUCGCACGAAAGUAUAAGCACGGUGACGUCAUCCCAAGAGUGCCAUAUACAUCCGAUGAAAAUCAAACAUGGAAAACUGUUUAUUCAAAAUUGAGAAGUCUACAUGCACAAGGAGCUUGCUCGCAAUUCAACACAUCCAUUCGCCACUUGGAAAAGAUUGGCCUAUAUAGCGAAGACAAUAUUCCACAGCUGGAAGAUGUUUCGAGAUAUUUACAAGACUGCAGUGGAUUUCGUCUCCGUCCAGUGGGAGGUUUGGUUAGCGCACGUGAUUUUCUUGCUAGUCUUGCCGUGAAAGUUUUUCAAUGCACACAGUAUGUACGUCAUCAUUUGAGCCCAAUGCAUACACCAGAACCGGACUGUUGCCACGAAUUGAUUGGACAUGUGCCUAUGCUGUGUGACCCAGAUUUUGCCCGAUUUUCUCAAGAAUUAGGGAUUGUUUCGCUUGGUGCUACCGAUAAGGAUAUUGAAAAAUUGGCGACUCUCUAUUGGUUCACGGUUGAAUUUGGAUUAUGCUUGCAGCAGGGUCAAUUGAAGGUAUAUGGAGCCGGAAUUUUAUCAGCAUACGGGGAACUGGAGCAUGCUUUGUCUAAAAACCCUGAACAUUGCGAAUUUGAUGCAGAAAAGGCAUCAACCCAGUCCUAUCAAGAUGAAGAUUACCAACCACUCUAUUUCAUCGCAAAGUCGUUCCAAGAUGUUUUAACAAAAGUUCGGAAGUUUACCAACGACAAUAUCAUCAAGUGUUUCGAUGCUCGAUACAACGCUGAUACAGAAUCUGUUGAAGUGUUUCGCAAAAAUAAUCCGCAUGAUGUCGCAAGAGUGGUUGAAGAAUUGAAUGGUCACAUAACUUUUCUUCGUGGUCUAGUUGGAUAAGCGGCACAGUAUAAUUUAUUAUGUAUCCUACUGCUUGACAGUGCGAAUUUAUGAUUGCUUCAAUAAUUUCUUUCAGUAUUUUACAAAAUUUUUAAACUUGCACGUGUUAUAUUCCGUUUUCUGUUUACGAUAAUAUCAAUAUUUAUGUUUCCAUAAACCAUAUAUAUAUAUAUAUAUGUGAUGCAUGUGUAUAAAAAAUUCAUGUUUAAUAGCUUUUAUUAUACAAACACAAAAAUAUCAAGGUUCACUGCUUGGAAGUGUCUUUGAGGAUUUUUAAUGUUGAGAGCAACAUUUUGUCACGUUGUGUAUAAUUCACAACGAAAAAUAUAUGACAUCGAAAAUAACCAAUCGUUUACAAAUC